AUGAGCGAAAAUCAUCCUGGACCUAAUGGCGUGCACGACAGCAAGGAAAGUUCCUCCCCUAACUCAGGCACGGUGCUUGACUCAGAUACACCAUCCACGCAGUCUACACAACCCUCACUCGCUAGCAGAAUCCAAUCCUCCGCUACCGGACUCUUCCAGGAUACAGUACUAAAUACUCGAUCGCCCGCUUUUGGAGAUAAUUUGUCUUCGAACCUCUCCCAAAGUCUUGCUAGUUCGGCAAAAGCUGAUUUCCCGCAACCCGGAGCCCCGCGAACUGGAGAAUCGUCAAGCCAGGGAAUAAUAAAUGGAUCGUCGCCGUAUAGACAAAGCGCUGCCGCAUCUGCGUCCCAAGGCCACUCGGGCUUACAAUCCGAAUCUCUUCGAACAAUCCGCACGGACGUGAGCUCUGAAGACCAGGAACUAUGGCACCACUUUGAACAACCCUUCCACGUCGAAAUCCCAAUACGUUCUGCCAAAGGAAAAUCAAAAGACGUCUCUUCCAAUCCCAUACCUACCCCUAUCUUCAUCGAAUCCGCCCCUCAAGCCGACGGCUCCGCCGUACUGUCCCUCCUGGACUCUCCGGCCUUCGAUCCCCUCGCACCGUCAUCCUCCCUUCCACCGUCCCCCAUGCUCGCCCCCACUCCUAUUCCGGCCUCAAUGCAACCCCUUUCGCCGCUCUCUCUUGUGCCGGAUAUCCAGUCAUUUCUCUCUACUGUCCCUGAACAGCAUCUGACUUCUGUACCGACAGUGUCGGAGUGGUUGGAGCUGGAUGCCUCGUAUACGGAUUCCGUAUGGGGUGGGGCUUUGAAGGAAUAUACAUUGGAAGCGAGGAAGGAGGUAGAAGAGCGGAAGAUGAUUGGUAAUGGGGGAGACCUAUACAAGGGCCCGGCAGUGAGGAGGCUGGGAAUGGUACUCGCGCAUUUACGAGAGAGGAACCCGGUUGAUUAA